CCAAAGCCCGGCCCAGCAUGUCUCUCUCCAAAAGCCGUCCAGAGCGCAAGCUUGUAUACCGGACUGGAGGAAGGAACAACGGGAAUUCGACCAGGCUUGUCAAAAUCGGACACAAAUCCGAGCAACUUUAUCAACUUCUGCGUUGGUCAAACUCUCACCAAUGGCCGUCAGAAUUCGGCUGGAUCCUGCAAUGGCAUACCCAUGGGGAAGAUACCGGCCUCGUCCAACAUGAUCACGUCCAUCAUCACCCAUCCGCAACCGGGUGACAUUAUCCCUGCGCAAAAGACGUUCAAUGUAACGAUCCAAACCCGCCAUUUGAGGGCUGGAUUUCUCGUGAAUCCCAGCGUUGCAUAUUACACUGCCCCUCAAGACCUCGAUGAGAACGGCGAUAUCAUUGGGCACUGUCACAUCACCAUUCAGAACAUUGGAAGUCUCCGUUCUGUCAACCCUCCCGACCCGACUAAAUUUGCCUACUUUAAGGGUGUGGAUGAUGAAGGCAAUGGGAAGGGCGGUUUGCAGGCUGAGGUAACGGGUGGUUUGCUGGAGGGCGUGUACCGCGUAUGCACCAUCAUAUCUGCUAGGAACCAUCAGCCAGUGGUCAUGCCUAUUGCGCAGCGGGGAUCGCAGGAUGACUGCACCAAGUUUGUUGUUCAGAAGGCCGAAUAG